AUGGUUCAAUUAUUCUACUCUCCUGAUAUUGAGCAUUGUCGUCACCUGUGCACGGAGCACCACGCCUGCAAGUUCUUUACCUUUAUUCGACCCGACUCGACAACCGAUAACAGGCACUUCUACUGCUACAUGAAGAUGACUGGCUCUGGAAUUCCCAGUGAUCGGAAGCCACUGCUGGGUGUCACUUCUGGAUUUUCUCUCAAAUCCUGCAGUCCAAUAACUUGUGUGUCUCAGGUGUACCAGAACGUGGACUUCUCCGGAGCCGACUACAAAACGCUUUUCAUGCCAGAUUAUGAGGAAUGUCAAAGAAUCUGCACACAAGAGCCCGUGUGUCAGUUCUUUACAUUUGUUAAUGAAGACUUCACACCACAGAACAUCAGAUAUAAGUGUCACCUUAAAUUCAGCUGGACUGUACCAAGGACCCCAAUAGUAAAUGCAAAAACCGGUGUUGUGUCUGGGUUCUCACACAACAUAAAAAGUCCGAACACUGGCAAAGCAUGUGAGAACAAACUGUUUCCGAGCACUGAGAUCACAGGAGACACCUUCGAAACUCUGCCUGCUGCCUCUCCUGAACACUGUCUCAGUUUGUGCUCCGCUCAUCCUCGCUGUACCUUCUUCUCUUAUGUCAGUAGUAAGUGUAAACACGACUCUCUGCCAACAGGCUGGGUUAAGGUGGCUCAGGAAGGAGUAGAUUUCCAAGGAUCUGAUUUUAAAUUUGUGCUGUUGGAUGACGCCAACAAAUGCCAGGAGAGUUGCACCCGCGAUUACAACUGCCAGUUCUACACCUACGUCAAAACAAGCUUCUCUGACAGGACUUAUUGGCAACACUGUUAUUUGAAGCGUGUCGUCACAAUGCCCGCUCCCCCGAAAGUCGCCAAGUUGGCCAACCUUGUGUCCGGAUUCUCACUGAAGAACUGCAAUGUUCCCCCGGUGGGUGCUCAUUGA